AUGUACGAAAUAACCUCACCGUGUACUGGUUUUGGUUUCGUGCACAAUCGGGCAGGUGGUCUCUGUUUCCAGAUUUUUGGGAGUCAAAAUUGGACGUCUACCUGGGCAAUGGCGUCGUGUAAACAGUUUGGCGGAUCAUUGAUUUCUUUCGAUACAGAUCAGAAAAUAGGAUUUGUGACUACUUUUAUAAGUAAUCAUUAUGGCUCGAGUUUUCAAGGAAGAACACUCCAGAUAGGACUAAACAAUACCCAAGGACCAGAAAAAUACACAUGGAAGUGGUCGAAUGGAGUUAAAUUGUCACCAAAUCUUUCCAUUCCAUUUUACGUAAAUAAUUAUGAUGGCUUGAUGCAUCCUUGUGCAGUUGGACAUUGUGGGGUGCUGCAUGUUGGAAAACUCACCUAUUCCGUGUAUGAUAAUUGUUGUCUUAAAGCUUCAUCUCUCUACAUAUGUUCAAAAGACAUUGAGAAAUGAUGUGAUCCUCUUUGAAAUACAUUAUGACAAAACUUACUCUGACGUCAAAUGAUGCCGUGUGUAAGUUGCAUUAAUCUACCAAACCAAGCCUGGACAGUACUGAUUUUAAUGGAGAAGAUUUCAUUCCUAAUUAUCUUCAAUGUAUCCAUUAAAUAUAGUUUUUAAA